CCCGUGGAUUCAUGCCUGGAAACUCAUGCUUUCUAGCAGAGAUCAACUCCUACUUGCUAUCCUCAGCCAUAGCAACGUCCUCCGCCGGAGGCGCUGCCGAAUUAAAGCUGGUAUCAGAGACUUAUUAUUAUCAUGUUCGUUAUAAUCACACAUGGCAUGGCUAGAGGAUAGAUGAGUAGAAGAGGCGUAGCAAUGUCUAGUCAUGGGAAUGGUACGGAUGAGGCGAGUUCGAGCUCAACCGUGAGCAUCGAUAAGUCGGAGCUGAAAAGUCUUCUCGAGGCUCUAGCCAAGAGCCAAGAAGCAUUGGCCAAGGCACAAGUGGUGCCCAAGCCGACCAUCAUCCCUGAGGUGCAACGCUUUGUUGGCUUGAAUUAUAGCACGUGGUGGCGCGCUAAGGAGGUUGGAUUUUGGAAGUACUAAGACCGAAGUACCAGACAAAACGGCUUUGGACAAGGAGAAUGCAGCGUACACGGAGAAGAGUGAGCAUGCUCUCUUUUAACUUUGCAACUCGGGGGCGGACAGAAUCGCCAUCGGGAUGGACGACAUCGUAAACGAGGUCAACGCCGCGCAACUCGGGCGGGAUUACAUGGACUCGCUCUACGUGGGCAAGACCGAGGCGAACAUGGCAAACGUGUGCCAAAAGCUCAUCCUACUCCACUUGAAGCCCAAUAAAACGAACGCGGAGUACGUGAAUCGUGCCAAGAGCCAUGGAGACGAGUUGAAGGUAAUGGGCGUACCCGAGACCGAGAAGCAAAUGAUCAGCUACGUCAUCGGCGGACUAUCGGACGAGUGGGAGGCGCACAAGGGCAACGUCUCGUGUAGCCGGCCGAAGACAUUGGCGGAGUUGAAAUAGGACACGAUCCUCUUGUGCUCAGUUGCUUAAUACAACGUCACUAGACAGAGGAUAGAGCUAGCUUUCCAACAAGCCAAAGAUCUCGCCAAAUGGUUAAGAGACGGCCGACAUAUGGCUGGAAAUAGCUUAGAGACUAUGAGGAUGUCAGCAAACGUGAGCUCUCUGGAAUUUGAAGAAGCUGUACCGUGUACAAGCAAUUCCAGUAUUCACUA